AUGUUGGUUUUCUUUUUAAAUCGACUGUUUAACUUUUCUGCUUGUUACAGGGAUGCUCAAAGUGGUUGGGACAUGCUACGUAAGUUAUGUACGCUUUCCUUACAUUUUAUACCACUGUUGAUCACGUACCCGUUGACUUGCUAUUCUGAAAAAGUGUCUGAGCUUUGGUGGAAAUUCGCAAUUUGGGUAUUACAGUCAAGUGGACCAACAUUAAUUAAACUUGGACAAUGGGCAAGUACAAGACGUGAUCUUUUUUCAAAAGAAUUUUGCGACAGGCUUUCUGUUUUACAUAAUAGAGUCUCAAAUGUUGACUGGAAAAGAUCGCGUGGAAAGAUUGAUGAAUUAUUUGGUGGAUCUCACUGGGAAUCUUUUAUUAAAAACAUUAGUUCGAGACCAGUUGGAUCAGGUUGCAUUGCGGAGGUUCACUUAAGGGAAAUGAACGUAGAUGCUUUUGAAACGAAUACGGGUGUCAAAGCUGGAGAGUGUGGUAGUAGGGGUAAUGUUGACAUUGCUAUCAAGGUCAGUUAUUAUUGUAAUAAACGCAUUGCCAUUGAUUUGGCAAUUCUGAAAGCAGCCGCUUAUGUAUUAGAAAGUUUUAUCCCCGGGUUUUUUUACGUGAACCCCUUGUCUUCAUUAAAUCAGUUUGAAAUUGUUCUUCAACGACAAGUGGAUUUAAGGAAUGAAGCAAAAGCUCUGCAGCGUUUUGCAAAAAAUUUCGAUCCAGAACGUACACAUGUUAAAUUUCCUAAAGUGUUCUGUUAUUCGAAGGACGUAAUAAUAGAGAGUUUUGAAGAUGGCAUGCCUGUCAAUAAACUGGUUACAGGAGAUGAUAAAGAGCUUUCUCAUCAGAAUAGUGCCGUCAAGCGUCGUAUUGCUCUUCUGGGUGCUCGAACCAUUUUGAAAAUGAUUUUUGUCGAUAAUUUUAUUCAUGGUGAUUUACAUCCGGGGAAUAUUCUAAUACGUUUUGAUGGUAAUGGAAAGAAGAUGGGUGGAAUUCAUAGAUCUCCUACAAAAUUUAAAUGGGGUUCUCGGCCUCGAAUAAGAUUUACAAAUGACACGGAAUAUGAAGAUGAACCGACGCUGGUUAUAUUAGAUACUGGUAUUGCUAUUGAAGAAACUCCUCAGAAUUUGCGGAAUUUAAGUGCUGUAUUUGUGGCGAUCGUUGAAAAAAGGGGUUAUGACGUAGGUAAGCUUCUUAUUGAGCAUGCUCCGCGAAGCGAUUGCACUAAACCUGAAGAAUUCUGCCGUGAAGUUGAGAGGAUUGUCAAUGUCGCAAGAUCUAAUAGCAGCUUACGGAAGCUGAAUAUUUCACAAUUACUAAAUGAGCUGUUUUCGAUUGUAAGCAGUUACCGAGUUGGUCUGGAAACUUCCUUCACAACUAUUAUUCUUGCUGUUUUGGUGCUCGAAGGUCUUGGUCGAUCUCUGGAUCCUGAUUUGGAUCUUUUUAAAUGUGCAUACCCGUUUUUGGUACGUGGAGUUUUGUGCUAA